AUGAGUAGAAAUUACAGAUGUGUGAGAUUUGUAAAUCUCUCCAUGAGUUCCCUUGGCGUUUUCUCCGAUGAAUGCUCCACGUUCUUAGACAUGAUGAAUGACAUUGGCAUCGACAAAAAGCAGCAACGUUAUAUAAUCAGGAAAAUGAUAAAUAUAGCCAUUAGAGCAACAUUUGUUUUGUUUUUGUUUUGUUUUUGUUUUUGUUCUUUUUAAUAAUCCAAUUUCAAGCAACAUUUUUAAAUUACCUAUACGUAGCGAGAUUUACAAUUGUACAUUCAAAAACACAAAUAAAGUUUCCAUUAUUAUUAUUAUUAUCAUUAUUAUUAUUAUUGUUAUUAUUAUUAUUGCAGAGACAUGACGGUGUACGGAACUUGUUAACGACAUUCAUCGACAAGAUCUGCAAUAAUGUCGAAAUCGAACCACGCCUUCAACCCCUGGACAACGAGCGAUUUCAUUUGAGGAGCGCUGUUACAAGUUCUGAGGCAAGGUUGGAUAUCAAAGCGGGAGGUUUCUGGGCAAGAGGAGUUACGGCAUUUUUUGAGGUUAGAGUUACGCACGUCAACUCCAAGUGUUACCAGAGCAAGCCAACAUCGGAAGUGUUCAAAGAGCAAGAAGAAGAGAAGAAGCGCAAGUACCAGCAGCGGGUGCUAGAUGUAGAAAUGGGUUCGUUUACGCCUUUAGUGUUUGGAACCAAUGGCGGAAUGGGAAACGAGUGUCAGCGGUUCUUAAAGCAUCUCGCAGACAAGAUAGCUCAGAAAGACACCGUGCCUUAUCAUGUUGUAAUCUCUUGGCUCAGGACACAGAUCUCUUUUGAACUCUUAAGAUCGGUACAUGCAUGCGUCAGAGGUUCGCGAAAGCCGUUUCGUAGCAAGAUAGAGCAAUCAUUAGACUGUAAAAUAAAUGUCGCUAGUGCGGAUAUCUGAAAUACGUGUCUAUAUGCUUUUAUACUUAUGGCUUUUUAUGGACACUGGUUUAGCCGUCAUUAGUAUAAUUCGAUUGUUUAAUCUUAAUAUCUCUGCAUGAUGGAAUUCUUAAUUUUAUAGAAUUUUGAAUUUUUAUUAUUAAUUAUAUCUAUUUCCUCUUCUUUUGUGUAAGGUUAAGUUACUUUUAUUUUUUUAGAAUUUGUAAAUGAAUAGUUUCUUUCUUCACUUAUUAUAUAUAGGAUUGUUUUUGUUCUCUAAUGAAGGCCGAGGGGUCACUUUUGUAACGGAUGGAAUUGUAGAUAGUGUUUUGAUGAAUUAAUUUAGAUUUUUUGUAACAGCAGGUUGAAUGUAAAUAGGAUUUUAAUUGAGGUUUUGUAAUAAAGAUUUUAUUAUUUUAUUAUUAUUAUUAUUAUUAUUAUUAUUAUUGCUAUAUUAGUCACCACGGGUCCCAGGGCUCUCUCUUCCUUCUUCUUACAGGGACAGUCAGGAGCCCAUCAAAUGGAGCCUCCAUCCCCAUUAAUUUCUUGAGUCAACCCUUUCCCGAGUAGAUUUAUAAAUAGCACGGCUUGUUUCCCGCGAAAAGUGUCAUAUUUCCGUGAGUCUCGUAUGUCACCGUGAAAAAAAUGAAGUUGGAUGAAUUCGAACUCAGAAGCCCGUCCUUCGACCGUUUUCCUUUUUUCCUAUAUGUCCAUUUUUACAAUUUUACAACCGCUGGGAUCUAGGUGUCAUGAAAUGAGACUGAGCAUGAAGGGAUGGGAAAAAGGCAGCGAACUGAGGAUCACGGAAAGGGUUUUUUUUUUUUGGCCACCAUAAAUCCCACAUUUAAGCAUGCACCUUGAAAAGAGUCGACGAUUAAGCGUUCUGUGGACGAUUUAGAACUAUUCGAUGAUCAGCGCCGAAAAAGUGCCAGGAUCAUUUGAUUUUUGUCAUCACCGUGGAGUGGAUUUCGCCAGUUAAGCACCGCGUGCAAAAGCGAUGACCUAAGUAGCAACUAACGAGGAAUGCUUCAGUUCCGAAAUUUGAGAAAUUGCAUUUUUCCUUUACAAUUGACUUGUAUCACCAUGAGAGUUGCCUGAUAAAACUGGCACUUGAAAAGUUGAACAGAAGACAACAGUUGCUCGACCGUGAAUAAUUUGCUAGCGGAGGAAUUUGUGACAUCGCGGUCAAGUCCAAAGACCCACUUAUCUCAAGAAAAACAAAAUGGAUUGUAUCUGCGCCAAAAGAAUUAUGACUGACUAACAGGACAAUUCUCAGCAGUUAAUGUAGAAGUUUAGGCUCAAUUCUUGCCUUCGAAUUCGCAUCUGUAGAUCACUUUUUUGCGAGAAAACAAUGGCAGGGCCCGGCGUUUCAAGACAUGGCAGGGAAUCAUCGCACUAGCUGACGGACAAAACAACCAUAAGGACUACAAGUAUUUAUUCAGAUAAACGCAUUUCGGAAUAAAGAAAGCCUUGAAAAACUAGAAAUUUGAUUAAUAUUGAGUCAUUUAGCCGAAAUGAGAACCUUAACGCUCAAAAAAAUUGGCUAAAGAAAACGAAUCCUGUCAGAACUACAGACUGCAGGUAGUAGUUAAUCAUUAUGCAAGUAACAGACCAGUUUCAUGGCCUCUUAAUGUGAGACAAGCAACCAAAAUUAAGAUUAACAUAGUCAGAGUGUAAAACUCUCCACAGUAUAAUCUACCCACUAGAAAGAAAAGAAAGAAAAUCUCCGAGGGAUGAAAACGCUAAAGUCACGUUUCACUAGCUUUAAUAUGAUUGUGUUUGGCCUGUCAACACCAAAUUUCCUGCUAUUUGGUGAAGUACAAUAGCAGUGUUAUUUCGUCGUUGUGAUUGGCUCUUCCCACCGUCGGCGCGCGAAGUCUCCCCUGGGAACCGUUCUAAUUAUAAAUCUACUCGGGAAAGGGUUGACUCCAAGGGGUUGUAUAGGAGAUGGAGGCUCCAUUUGAUGGGCUCCUGGGACAGUACUUUCCUUAGUGUCUCUGCUGUCCCCAGCAAUGCCGUUUUCUGGAUAACUUCCAACUUCACGUUCACGCCGAUUCUCUUCAUGUACUUCUUAAAGUUGAAGCGAGUCGGCGUGAGCGUUAUCGAGCAAACAGCAUUGUUGGGGACAGCAAAGAUACUAAGGAAAGUACUGUCCCUAUUAUUAUUAUUAUUAUUAUUAUUAACGAUCUCAAGUGGAACGUUUAUAUAAUAUACAACUAUCCCCCGAAGGGGAGGUGAUCAGAAUAGUCAGGUGGAAUAUACCGAGCGCUAUGAACCGACCAUGAGGGGGAUAGUUGUUUUAGUACUUACCAAAUCAGUUGGAUAAAAAUCACCAGUCGCCAAUCAGAACGCGCGAAAAUUGCUAUCCACUGAUUUGGUCAAUACUAAAUGAAACUAUUAGGAAAGCAAAUAAGCGUUUGUAUUUUUUUUUUUGGUUCAACUUGAGCUUUAAAGAUAUUGUUGACUUCCACUGUACAGCAAUGAGACCCAUUCUAGAAUAUUGCUCGCCCAUUUUCCACCAUAGCCUACCCGACUGUCUAAGUGAGCGUGUACAAAAAAGAGCGCUCUGCAUAAUAGCGCCUGCAUGAUAAAUCAUACAAACACUGUUUAGUCAGUUUUGGUCUCAGCACUAUAUAUGAUAGGCGUAACGAUCAGUGUAUUUAGCUGUUUAAUAGUAUAUCCUCGAAUAAGCACAAAUUCGCUUGCUUGUUGCUUUCUCCGAACCACCAAAGCUACUACAAUACCAGGUAUGAGAGUGUUUACGACUUGCCCCACUUUCGCACAAACCGCAGCAAAAAUUCGUUCAAACCAGCCAUGUGCGGCAGUCCAAACAUGUUAUUAUAAUGUAAGAUUAAGUGUUAUUACGUUAUUUUUCCUUUCUUUUUCAGUUCUUCAUUAUCAUUUUUCCUAAUUAACAAAAUUGAAAUUAGUCUUUUGCCAUUAUUUUAUACCUUUUAUUGUAUUGUAAAUAAUUAAACAAUUCAGCCUUCAGCCGGCUGCGAUUUGAUUAUUUUAUUAUCUAUGAUCUAUCUUUACUAGGAGAAGUAACGUCUUCAGCGGAUUGAUCAGAUGUCCUAAACUUCGACCAAGCUGGAUUGAGUCACCGCAAGAUUGAGGAUAACAUCUUCUUCGCUCUACAUAAUUCGUCACAUCCUACUCAGCCUCAUUCAGUAAUUGAUAAUUAUGACAACGAUCACUUUGUCGAUCAAAGGUUAGACUUCAAACUCUUAUUUGUACAUUUGGAAAUGUCUCUUUUGAAUUCUACUCAGGGACUCAAACGCGUGAACUCGAGACAAAAUAAUACUGAAUUAAUAGCCUUAACAUUAAGACAAUACAGGUCUGUACUGAAAUAUAAUCACCUGUGCAGUUAACUCCGUUCUCAUAAUACCCUGGUUUGCAAGUACACUCGAAAGAUCCUUCACUGUUAUUGCAGGCUGCAUUGGCAUCACAGUUGUGCUCGCCUGUUAUACACUCGUUUACGUCUGCAAAUCAGAUGCAGGACUAAAUCAUCAAAACUGAUUUACUUAACCUUUUAUUUUCUAGGAUUGGUUACGAUAAGAAGAGAGAGGGAGAGAGAGAUUUCUGGCUAUGCUAGAAAGCAAAAACAUUUUUGCUAUAUAUUGAGCAGGUGAAAAAUUCACAAAAAAAUUGAACACAUCACGUGUAUAGAUAGAGGAUUAGCAAGACCUAAGGAAGCAAGAUAUUAUAAAAUGCAAUCUUGUAGGAGCACAAUAAAAUAACACAUUAAAAAACUUAAAUAUUUCAAGCAUGUGUAAAAUUGCAUACAGAUACUGUAAAUCAAAAACUUUUGUAAUGCAAGAGCAUUUCCAUACUUUUUCAUCUUAAAUUGAAAAACAAACUGUAGCUCUAGGGACUAAGCUGUAUACUACCUUGUGGGUGAACUUGGCUCUAAUGCGAGAUAAAUGGGGUUGAUUAGAAAAAGAUUUAUUAUAAAGAAGACCGAGGUAUUUUUUUCACCUGUGCAGUUAACUCCAUCCCCUGAAUACCCUGGCUUGCAGGUGCACACAAAGGAUCCUUUAGUGUUUUUGCAACUGGCGUUUGCAUAACAGUUGUGCUUUCCUGCUUCACAUUCAUUUAU